GGGGCUGCAGACCUGGACGGAUUAGGGUGUUACAGCAACAGCAGAACCAACCUAAGCCAGCGGGACAGCCACCAGUUGUACCACCGCCAGUCGUACCACCUCCAGUGAUGCCACCGUUGGUGAUGCCGCAGGUGGCCUACGAGCAGAUGUUCCCGGCCAUGAUGGCCCAUUAUAUGCAGCACAUGGCGCAGCUUAUGCCCAUGUUCCAGCCACUGCCACCACCACAGCCGCAGCCGCGCAUCGUUACCUUCAAGACAUUGAAUGAUAAUGGAGCGGAAGAGUUUCGAGGAGACAGGAUGGGGGAGCCCCAGAUUGCAUUGGAUUGGCUUGAGCAGAUGGACCGGGUACUCAAGAAUUUGAGAGUCCCUGAUGCUGAUCGCUCGGAGUUGGCUUCACAGAUGUUCCGGAAGGGAGCAUAUGAUUGGUGGAAGCGCAUUGACCAGGAUCCACACACGCCCAAGCCAUGGACCUUGGAUCGCUUUGAUCGAGCGUUCACGAAGGAGUACAAGUUCGACUACCUGUCCCAGUAUGCGACGAGUCUGGUCUCCACUCCGGAGGAUCGUUUGAAUGAGUUCGUCAAGAAGCUACGGCCGGACUUGACACCGUACGCCGCACUGAUCACGAUGACAGAUUUUAAUGCGGCGUAUGAUUUGAUUAUGAAGACGGAAAAGAGCUUGGACGAUUUGCAGGCAGCCAAGAAGGAGGAUCGAGUGACGAAAGACCCACGACCCGCGGCCAGCACCAGGCCGAGCGGGAAGAGUUUUGGAUUUGGGGGAAAGAGGUACGAGAAGGGUUCUUCGAGUGCGCCGCCGCCUAAGAGGAGUAAGUCGAAGCCGUCUCCGUCGGCCGCCGCUAGCAACUCGAUCAGAACGAGGAGCCACCCGCAGUGUGUACAGUGUGGUAGGCAUCACCCGGGCGAGUGUUGGCUCGCCCAAGGCUUAUGUUUGGGUUGUGGUCAGCCAGGGCAUUUCAGGAGGCAUUGCCCGACAAACCCUAGCAGCGAGCCUGUUUUUCCUAGAGCUCCGGAUCGCAUCCAGCACGGAGUCAGCAGUCUACAGCAGCAAAUAAUCAGCAGAGACCACGUUCGCAGCAGACAUAGCAUGCGUCUUCAUCACAUUUAUCAUAGGUGUCCGUUGUCCGUGCAAGGGAAGCAAUUCCCUGCAGAUUUGAUAGAGCUACCACACAAGGAGUUUGACAUUAUCCUUGGUAUGGAUUGGCUCACCGAGCAUAGAGCAGUGGUCGACUGCAGUUGUCGGACCGUACGGCUGAGAGCCGAGGACGGUAGCGACGUAUCACUCUCCGGGGAGGUGUUCCCCAAGGCUCCCGAGUUCAUAUCGUCCUUGAGCGCGAGGCGCUUGAUUCGCAAGAAGUGCGAGAUGUUCCUGUGUCACGUUCAGGAUAUGCGAAAAGAAUCACCACGUCAGCAGGACAUCCAUCCGAGAGCCGCACGAUCGGCAUCCUCAUCUUCAUCUUCAUCUCCACCUUCGUCGCUCUCGAUCGCCGCCGUGAGCCAGCCGCCGGUCAUCCUCCCUGCCGUUCGACCACGCCGGCGUCGCCCGAGCCAGACGCUGCUCAUCGCCGGUCGCCCUUCCCCAGACAAUCGCCGCCGCUGCUUCCUUCGCCAGAGGUCCGCCGUCAGUAUCAGCGUCGCCGACGACAGUUCACCUCGUCGUGCUGCCGUUCGUCGCCUCCACUGCCAGCGUCGGUCGUCCUCGUCAUCGAGCUACAGCGCCGCCAAUCGCCGCUGUUUCGCCUUCGCCGGAAGUCCGCCGCUCUUCACCGUCGAGCGCCGCCAGUCGCCUCCAGCCGUCGCCCUUAGCUCAGGUCGGUUUCUUCUUCUUCUUCUUCAGUUUCCUAUUUCGGUUUGUCUCUAUCCCCUCGAUUUUGAACAAGGUAGACCGCCAACAGCUGCCGCUCCGCCACUGUCGCCGGCGUCCGUCACCGUCGCCGCAUCCAGCCGCUUCCCCGGAUUGAUAUCGCCGGCAGAUUAACCUCCACGCCGGAUUGAUUGGUCGAUUUCGUAUUUUGACUCAAUUUGACCCGUUCGUUUGAUUUCAUUGCUUUGUCUUCCGUUCGAGCUAUCGAUUCGAUUUCGGCGUAAUCCAGGUCCGUACUAUGAAGUUAAUAGCGUUUAGAAUAGAUUUAAUGGUUUGGA